AUGUUGAGAACUGCUACUCGUUAUAGACUUCCACAAGUCACAUCACGCUUAUAUACCCCCACAAUUCGAUUUGUGUCAAACACAACCACGAAACCGCAAACAAUCACCAAUCAAACUCCAACACAUCAUGAUGACUCGAAUUUACCAUUGAACAAACAAGCAAUUGAAGAACCACGUACAGUCCCACAACGAAACGGCAUUUUUGAUAUUGCAACCAAGAUUUACAAUGAAUCAGAUAUUGAAAAGCAUGAUGAUCAAAAGUUUUUAACUAAACCUGCUUACCCACACGUUAUUUAUACUGAAGCUGGAUGUUACAGAGUCAAAGUUGCGCAUAGAAAGCCCGAAACUAUUGGUGAUAAGAUUGCAUACCACGGAACUAUGUUUUGUCGUGCUUGUUUUGACUUUGUUACUGGUUACAAAGUUCCUAAAGAAGGUGAGCCACUUGACAAGUAUGUAGGUACAAGAUAUGAGAUGACAGAGGGUAAAUGGAUGACUCGUGUGAUCUUUUUGGAGCUGAUUGCUGGUGUUCCUGGAUCGGUUGCCUCAUUUUUGAGAACAUUGCAUUCCUUAAGAUUAUUGAAACGGGAUAAAGCAUGGAUUGAGACUUUGCAAGAUGAGGCUUACAAUGAAAGGAUGCAUUUGCUUACAUUCAUCAAGAUUGGUCAACCAUCAUGGUUCACCAAGACCAUUAUUUAUCUCGGUCAGGGAGUUUUCACCAACUUGUUCUUCUUCUGCUAUUUGACCAACCCCAAGUACUGUCACAGAUUUGUUGGGUACUUAGAAGAAGAGGCAGUGAGAACAUACACCCACUUGCUUGAUGAGUUAGACGAUCCGAACAAGCUUAAAGACUUUCAAAGCAUGUUGAUCCCUACAAUUGCUGUCAAUUAUUGGCCAUCAUUAUCAGAAGAGUCAAGUUUCAAAGAUUUGAUUUUGAGAAUCAGAGCUGAUGAGUCCAAACACAGAGAAGUGAACCAUACAUUGGCCAACUUGAAACAAGAUGAGGAUAGAAACCCAUUUGCUUUACAAAUUAAAGGACUCGAUAAGCCUCAACCAAACUAUGGUUUGGAUGUUGUUAAACCUACGGGUUGGCCUAGAAAGGAUUUGUAUCUUUAA